AUGAAGAACAUGGAAGCAAGAAACCACUGCACAAUGACUGAGUUCUUCUUAGCUGGGCUUUCAGAGAAGACUGAACUCCAGAUGCCCCUCUUCUUUCUCUUCAUAGGAAUCUAUGUGGUCACUGUAGCAGGCAAUCUGGGCAUGAUCACACUGAUUUUGCUCAGUUCCCACCUGCACAACCCCAUGUACUAUUUCCUCAGCAGUCUGUCCUUCAUUGACUUCUGUCAGUCCACAGUUGUCAUCCCUAAAAUGCUGGUUGGCUUUGUGUCAGGGAAGAAUCUCAUCUCCUACCCUGCAUGCAUGUCUCAGCUCUAUUUCCUUAUCAUUUUUGGCGUUGCAGAGUGUUACACAUUAGCUGCAAUGGCAUAUGACCGCUAUGUUGCCAUCUGUAAACCCUUGUUUUACAGUGUCACCAUGUCCUAUCAGAUUUACAGUUCCCUGAUUGCAGGAGUGUAUAUUUUUAGUGUGCUCAGUGCAUCAGUUCACACAGGGUUCAUGAUUAGGAUUCAGUUCUGCAAAUUAGAUGUGAUCAACCACUAUUUCUGUGACCUUCUUCCCCUCUUGAAGCUUGCACACUCUAAUACCCAUAUCAAUGAAUUGUUGAUUCUAAUUUUUGGUUCAUUGAACAUCUGUUUGCCUAUCCUUACCAUUAUUAGUUCCUACACCUCCAUCAUUGCCAGUAUCCUCCACAUUCGCUCCACAGAAGGCAGGACCAAAGCCUUCAGUACUUGCAGUUCCCACAUUUCUGCUGUUGCUAUCUUCUUUGGUUCUGCUGCGUUCAUGUACUUACAGCCAUCAUCAGUGAAUUCGAUGGACCAAGGAAAAGUGUCAUCUGUGUUUUAUACUACUGUUGUUCCUAUGCUGAAUCCUUUAAUAUACAGCAUGAGGAAUAAAGAUGUCAGUGCUGCCCUGAAAAAAAUACUUCAUGCUUCUAGAAGCCAUUUAUAA